AUGUCCCAACGAACCCUUACCUGGUGGGAAGGCCAGUAUGACCUGUCCAAGAUACGGGAUAACGGGUGGAACCUGCAACUCGCGCAGCCCGUUGCCUCGACCAACGCCGCUCCCGCAUACAACGUCAUCUGGCAGUCGUUCGGCCUUGCUCCCACGCAGCAGAUCACGUGGGAUGUCAAGUACGCUCUCAACUUCUCCGCGGUCCUGCCUGGCCAGGGGGUAGAGGUCGUUAUCUCUAGCAAGUGGCAGCCGUGUGACAAGGGAGGGGUCUUCGACAUCAACGAGAAUGGCUUCUUCGUUCCAUCCACGGCCCCGUCCAAGCCCGGCUGGCUCAAGGUGGGCGAAGUCAACUACCAGUACCCGGGCGUUCCAGGCAUCCACAUCGUGGUCGGCGUCUUCAACCCUGCCACCGGAGGGUAUCAGCCUAUCUUCAUCGACUCGGCUUCGCUCCCCCCUGGAAGCUCCGGGGAGUACCAACCGCAGGAGACCAUCGCCUGGUGGCUCGAAGGCGGCAACCACACCGGCCAGGUCUUUAGCGGCACACGCUCCCGCGGUACGACGAAGGAUGUCUCGAGCCCCGCGGUCAGCACGAACAAGUACGCGUGGUGGACGAGCUUCCACUUCGAUGAGGGUACGUGGUCCGUUAGCGAGGCAGCGCCGACGUUGGCCUUGCUCGCCCCGCCGAGGUCCGCCGAGUUCGGGCAGGACCUGGCCGGCCCGCCCGUCGAGGUCACCCUGGACCCUCGCGCGUGGCUCGUUGCUCUCGGUAACGCCAUCCCCCCUGACCUACAGCAACAGGUCACCACAUACCUCUUCAACGCCCUGCGCAACUACUUCAAUGGUCUCCAAAUCACCUUUACCCUCCCGGAUGGCUCCAGGCUGACGAUCACCUACACCUCGAGGAACGGCGUGCCGCCCGGUACUGUCGCCGCCGUUGCAUUGUCGCCCAGCGGGCCUGGUGCUCAGGAUCCUAAAGAGAUCAUCAACAACGCUCUGGACGAGGCCCUUGCCAAGGGCGUCUUGCCCAAGGGGGAGACCUGGGUCAUAAACCCGCAAAGAGCACUGGCGGAUACCCCUGAAGGGUAA